AUGGCCGUCGCAUCUAGUCAACUGGAUCAACUUGCCCAGCACGCACUUGAUGUGACAAAAAUCAUGAUUGACCACUCCCAGGGGAACUGUACUCUGGAAAGUCUGCAGGUUCGACGUGACUGGAGAGCCUUCUCUACAAGUCAAAAGAAAGCAUACCUUGAAUCUGUCCUAUGCCUGCAAGCACUGCCCGCUCGUACGCCUUUAGAUUUGGCUCCAGGGGUUAGGAGUCGAUAUGAUGACUUUGUGGCCACUCAUAUCAACCAAACCCUCAUGAUUCACCGCACGGGAACAUUCCUGGGCUGGCAUCGAUACUUUAUUCAUGAAUUCCACGCUGCUCUGCGAGAUGAGUGUGGCUAUAUUGGUGACUACCCCUAUUGGGAUUGGGGUGCUGAUGCCAGUUCCAUGGAAAAAUCAGAAGUUUUUGAUGGCAGUGACACCUCUUUAUCUGGAAAUGGAGUUUUUAUUCCAAAUCAGUUAGAUAUCAAGGUACUCACAGGAAACUAUACGCCUUCGGUAUUUCCAACUGGUUCAGGUGGAGGCUGUGUCACGAGUGGCCCAUUUAAGAAUUACGUCGUCAAUAUGGGACCUUCAUUUCUAUCUACACCGGGUGGUAAUGUAACUGGCAUGUCAAAUCCCCUCGACUAUAACCCGCGUUGUUUUACGCGAGACCUGACCACCAGCAUUUUACAACAAUUCAAUAACUACACAUCGAUUGUCCAUUUGAUCCUUAACAAUCAUAAUGUUUGGGAUUUUCAAACGGACCUACAAGGAUUACCUGGAACGGGGCUUUUGGGCGUUCAUGGCGGCGGUCAUUACGCCAUGGGUGGUGAUCCUGGUCGUGACGCUGAUGUGAGCCCGGGGGAUCCUGGCUUCUGGCAUCACCAUGGAAUGAUAGAUCGAGUCUGGUGGAUAUGGCAAUCUCUUGACCUUAGAACACGGCAGUACGCAAUUUCCGGAACUGGUACGUUCUUGAACCAGCCUGCCUCUCCAAACACCACCCUGGAAACUGUGAUUGAUAUUGGACAUGCCAAUUCCGGUCCUAUCGCCAUGGGAGACCUAAUGAGUACCAUAGAGGGGCCAUUCUGCUAUGUGUAUAUAUAA